UCAAGUCAUUAGGAGAAGGUGGGGCCUGAGCCAAGUUCCCAUAACUUAGUUCUGGUUGAAAGCCAAAAGCAGCAGUACUCUCUGAAAACACCAAAAACUCAGGUUUUUGUGUGAUACGUUGUGAUGGGGUUCAGAGAGGUGCUUUUGUUAGGGUUUGUGCUGCUCCUCUCAAGUGGAAAUCUCCGUGCUGACACACAAAACUUGGGUAACUUUAGCGAGAAUGAGACUUGGAAGCAAAUCCCAAUAACAACAAGAUUGCCACAGACAAGAGAUCAUCAUCCAAACAGCACUGAGUACAGUAAUCACCCCAGAUCUCCUGUCACCUACCGGCUCAAGAUCUACCAGCUCAGGGAUCCGGCUGUCAGCGAACAAAAUCCGCUCCGGGCUCUUAUGGAGCAGUUGCAAACUCCUCAAAACCUACAUGGAUCAGAGCAGCUGGAGCCGAUGGAGACUUCAGCAGUUCCACCUCAGCAGUUGUUAGUACCAGGCCCAGAUCUGAACCCACCUAUCAAGCGGGAAUCAAAGGUGCAGGUGAAGUUUGAGCAGUGGGUGCCUGUGACGGCCGGGAGCGUGGCAGCGCAUUGCGGUGAAGGAAAGGUCACCGUAGAGGUCCAGCAGAACUUCUUGGGGAACGGUCAGUUGAUCCGUCCAAGUGAUCUGACCUUAGGAGGCUGCGCCGCACUCCACACCGCUGACCACAUCCUGCACUUCCAGACGGAGUUACAGGGCUGUGGCAGCACAAUGACGAUGACCGAAGAAGCCCUCAUCUACUCCUUUUCUCUGAUGUACUCCCCAACGCCCAUUGGCAACACCGUCAUUUUAAAGACCAACCCUGCUGAGGUGGUAAUUGAAUGCCACUAUCGAAGGAGGCAUUAUGUGAGCAGCGACGCCAUGAGUCCUUCCUGGAAGCCGUCUGCCUCCAUCGUGUUCGCAGCACAGCAGCUAAACUUCUCCCUGCGUCUCAUGACAGAGGACUGGCAGUCACAGAGGCCUUCCAGUGUUUACUUCCUGAGUGACGUGAUGCACAUCGAGGCGGCCGUCCUCCAGGGUCACCACGUUCCUCUGAGGGUCUACGUGGACAGCUGCGUGGCCACCGUGAACCCCGACCCCAGUUCUGAACCCAGAUAUCUCUUCAUCAGCAACCACGGGUGUUUUAGUGAUUCUAAGCUGACAGGAGCCAAGUCUUACUUCAUGCAGAGGAGCCAGGAGGAUAAACUUCACAUCCAGCUGAAAGCCUUCAGGUUCCACCAAGAUCACAGGAAUUCACUCUACAUCACAUGUCACCUGAAAGCAACAGCGCGCUCCGUUCCCAUCGACUCGCAACACAAAGUGUGCUCGUUCCUGACUGAAACUAACAGAUGGGUGGCGUCAGGUGGAGACAAUAAGGUGUGUAGCUGCUGCGAGACCAGCUGCGGUGAGCAGAGGCGGAAACGAAGGCUCGCAGCAGAUGCUGGGCUUCUUCCAAAUCUGCAGUGGGAAGGGAUGGCCGCUUUGGGCCCAAUCCUUCUGGAGGAGAACAUCCUGGAACAGGAGCUUCUUCCAGAGCCAGCUGCUCUGCACCAGACACAUGAAGUGACUCGAGCAGCCUCUUAUUCGUCGAUAGCCCUGCUGUGUGGAGCGGGUGCAGCGUUGGCCGGGGUGUUGCUAGUCUUCAUGAGUGCCACCGUUCUCAGCAGACUGCGCAAACCCACUGGACAUGUUGUUUGCACUUGAUUCAAGACAAUAAAGCAUUUGUAACAAAG